GUGGUGGCUACGCAGCGACGGCUGCUGUCGUACCGUCUGCGCAUGUGAGGUGGCUUACGUAGCAUGUUGGGAGGUUUGGAAGGAAGGAGAGGCACCCUUUUUCGCGCGUGGUAGGGUGUAAUGGGUGUGCAGCAGGCAGUUCGGAUAGGCUUAAAAAGCUUUGUUGUUUGGCAAGGGCGCAUGGUAAGCUGCACAUGGGUCCCGUAACGCUGUCAGGAGGUCUGUAUGUUGCUGCCAUGUGUUGGUAUGUUGGUUGCAGCGUUGGCUGCUCUGACGGGUCGAAUGCUGUUGCUGCUGCUGGCGCCUCUGGUGAGCGGUUGUUGGGGUAUGUGGGGGCGGCCUCGAACAACUUGCGGUUGCUUGGACGAACGCAAAACGAACGCUGACACACGCACAUUGCUCGAGCGAAGCAAUCACAUAGCCUCCAUUGUGUUUGUUCUUUGUUGUGAAAACAGUACAGGAAGAAAGGAGACCUUUACUGUCAGGCUUGCAUGCUUGCCAGAAGACGCGAGCUUGGUGGUAUAUGAGCAUCGGGCAGUUCUGACAGCUGGUUAACUUCAAGAUUAUACCCUGUAAGUUAUGUGCACAUUGAGGCGUGCUGAAACGGUUAUGUGUCAGGAUCUUUUAUUGUUGUGUACGACGAGCGUCAUAACGCGCCAAGUCUUUGUUCAUCCAACAAAGCAUAUGGGUAAUGGAAAUAAGUUCAGCUGUAGCGUUUAAACCAUGUGAGGUGUUUUCUGGUGGUUGUUUUUGGAUACCGCGUCAAUCGCCUCAUAGUGACUCUAGUCGACUGGGUCGGUCAUCAUAGUAAUUCUUACGUCAGACGCAACAGGGUGAAAACUCUUAUUCGUUUGCCCAUACUGCAAACGGCUUGUCGCAAGGGCAGCUUGCCGCGCAGGAAGUUGGCACGAUGGUCUACGGGAACCCCCCAUGGGUCUUCAAGGGAAAGGCGCUGUACCAAUUGCAGCUAGUCAAGAGCGAAGAGGCCCGCAAGUACAUCCCGGAGGACUUCAAGCUGGUGGAGCUGGGCGGCUACACGCUGGGCGGCUUCUACCUGGCCCGCUACGAGGACAGCCCGGUGGGGGCGUUUGACGAGCUGGUUGCUAUGGCGGGUCUGGUGUGGAACCCGCCCACCUCGUGCGCUUGGGCGGCGCGAGUGUACGUGAACAACAGGGAGGCUCGCGACCACGGCCUGCACCACGUGGGCCUCCCCUCCCGCCUGGCCGCAUUCAACCUCACAGCCCCCACCGCCCCAUCACCAUCACCUCCAGCAGCAGCAGCAGGCGCAGCCAAAGGAACCCCCAGGCAACACAAGGAGGUGCAGGCGCGUGCAGCAGCAGGGUUUCGAAGCUGGUGGACUGCGGGG